GCUGCCAUCGCCGGGCACGGGGGCGAGGGGCUCCCCGCCAAGGACCGGGGUGUCCUGAACGCAGCCAACGCGGCGCGGGAGCUGGUGAUCCAGAGGCUGAUCUUCGUGGGGAACGCGUGCGAAAACGAAGAGCAGCGGCUGCUGGAGAAGGUGCACGCGGAGGAGGAGCGGGCCCACCAGAGCAUCCUGACCCAGCAGGUGCACUGGACUGAGGCUCUGCAGAAGCUGGCUGCCCUCCGAACCUACCUGGUAGAGGUGAUCACCAACCUGGAUGACCAGGGCCUGCUGCAUGCAGAGCAGGAGAUCUUCGAGAGGACGGAGCUGGCAGAGGGAAUCCUAGAGCCGCAGGACUCCCCGAAGUUAAACUUUAACCAGACCUGUGUUCAGAGUCCGCUGCUGCACCGGCUGUGGGCCUCUGCUGUUCUCUGCUGCGUCGCAGGCUCUCAGCAGAUUCACAUCGAUGAGAAGACUGUCAGCCCCCACCUCAGCCUGUCAGAAGACCGGAAAACCCUGACCUUCAGACCCAAGAAAGCAAAGGUGGACUUGGACUGCCCCGAGCAGUUUGACCACUGGCCCAACGCGUUGGCUGCCACGGCUUUCCACUCGGGAGUCUGCGCCUGGAGGAUCAGCGUGGGGAAGAGCUGCGCCUACAAGCUGGGGGUUUGCUACAGCUCCCUGCCGCGGAAGGGCCCUGGCAACGAAGUCCGCCUGGGCUUCAACGCCGACUCCUGGGUCUUCUCGCGCUAUGACAAGGAGUUCCGGUUCCUGCACGCCGGGCAGCCGCAGGCGGUGGAGCUGAUCAAGUCUCCGGCCGAGAUCGGGGUGCUGGUUGACUUUGCGGGAGGGGAGGUGCUCUUCUACGACCCCGAUUCCUGCGCCAUCCUCUUCUCCCACAGGGAGAGCUUCGCCAAGCCCCUCUAUCCCGUCUUCGCUGUGGCUCACCAGAGCAUCUCGCUGGUCCAGUGA